UAAAGGAAGACAGACAAUGAUUUCCUACUGCCCCAUGUGUGGAAAGCCCGUCUACUUUGCUGAGCGGAGGCGUUCUCUUGGCAAAGACUACCAUCCCCUCUGCCUGAAGUGCCACCAUUGCAAACGGCAGCUCAGUCCUGGCCAGCAUGCUGAGUAUGAUGACAAGCCUUAUUGCACCCAUUGCUAUCUUCAGCGUUUUGGACCAAGAGGAGCAAGACCUUCAAGAUCCCGUUCAUCUUUUGGUGCAUCUUCUUCUUCCAGAGUUCCAGCAGAAAUCUGAAAAAUCUCCUAGAUGUCUGUCUUUUGUUAUGCUACAGAAGUAGCAUUCUAUAAAACAAUAUUCCAAGUUCACAUUUAAAGGACUUUAAGUUGGGAAAGGAUAUUGCUUGGUUAUAAAUAUGAGUACAAAUACAGUAAGACAGUUUCUGAAAGAGUGUUAAUGCUACAGCUGAUUCAAAUAGCAGCUGUAAUAAAUACAUUUCAAUAGGUUACAGUUAAAAUGUGCACAGAUUGGAAAAUGGAGACUAUCCUUUGGUAUGUGCAUUUGGUAUUUAUUGAUAAUAUGCAGCGUUUCAAUGAACAAUUUACUUUUGUGCACUUUAUUCAUCAUUAUAUCUUGUAUUCAGAAAUCAAGCGAAAAAGCUGAAUGGACAUUUUUAAUACAGACAAGAUAGAGCAGGAUUGGCCCAAUUUCACAAUCAAUCCAGAUAGUCAUGGGCAUAUUUAUAGAUGUGCUAGCGAUGGAAAAUAUGAAUUGAGUUUUCAUGUUUGGCAUAUGUUUAAUAUUUCAUGAAAUAUUCUCCUAGGGCUUUGGGGUACAAAUGAGCAAUAAGUACAGGCUAAAGCAAGUUCUCCAUUGUCUAAAAGGUGUGCCUAAUUCACAUAAUUGAUAUUCUGUCUUCACCAACCAGUUAUAGGAACCAUAGGUUUAAUGCCUGCAAUCCUAAAGUGUAGGCACUAAGCCCACGAUGAUCUACUUUUGAGAAAAUGUACCGCAUUAUGCUGUAAGAUAAUCCUUGGAUUUAUGUAUAAUGAAACUACAUCUCAUUAUAAAGAGCUAACAGCAAUCAAGCCACAUGUCCAACACACAUAAUAACAUACUUUUUGCAAUUGUUUUCCUGUAUUAUGUCAAGAUGCUUCUCAGCCAGCACAUCAACGUUCAAAGAUGGUAUGCCAUGACAGAGUGAAGUGCUUUCUGCAUGGAAUAUGCUUGAUAUGGUUUGAUUGUUUUGGAGUUUCGAAUGAGUUGUGAUCAAUCAAUCUAUUGUUCACCCCCUUAAAUAAGCAGAAAGCUGGGUCAUAACUUUAUAAUAAACAAAUAAGUAAAUAAAUAAAUAUUUUGAACACUUACUAUUAUUUCUGGUGACUUCUGAGAGCCCCAGAUCUACAUGAUCAUCCUAUGUCAAUGAAUGAAUGAAUGAAUGUAUACUUCUCCCAAAAUAUAACUCUUGACUUUUGUUUGCGUGUAAUAAGAUCAACCUACUGUCCUGGAUUUUUUUUUUUUUCCCCACUCAUAUAUUUCCAAAACAUUUCUGGGGAACACAAAUAACGACAGAAAAGAAAACCACCUCUCAGAAGUACAUGAGAACGGAAGAGGGUAAAAAUAAUCUAAAUAAUCUAAAUAAAUACAUUAAUAAAAUCUAAAUAGAUAAAUAAAGCAUGAAUAAAUUGGCUAGCCAUUUGCUGUGCUUUCUUGACACCCACAUCAUCCCCCUGAGAUAAAUAAGCUUGUCUAUUCCUGUAACCUUAAAAGAAAUGUGAGAAUCCAGUGUUCAGGCUCCCCCAGCACUCCCAUUCGCCAAAGAAGAUUCAUUCAUUUUAUAAACAUAGGUUGGGGACUUUAUUAUGGAUGGUGUGAAUGGUUCUCCACUUGUGGGAGAAGGUUAUUAACAAAUGGUCUGCAUGUUUGUUUUUAAGCCACUCAAGUAUUCUUUGAAUCUAAUCCCAUGAGCUACAUGGAGCAACAGCCUUGGUGCAUGCAAGUUCCUUUCAGUUUUAUCCCAAUAUCAUUUCUGAGACCCCAGGCCCACCAAAGGCUUAGAUGUCUCUAUCCCUUAAAUUGCAUCGCCACAGGCUCCCUCAGAUCAUUUUAAAGUUAUAUCUCUUCUAUAUAUUCCAAAGAAUCAUGGUGUACCUUCUGAUUGAGCUGCAGAGCGUCACAUUGGAAUUUCCCUCCAUGCAAAUUCUCCAUUAAGAGAAAGAGAAGAGAAUUCAUUCCUUGCUUUUUCUCAGAUCAUGUCUAAUUGUUUCUUGGGGAGUCUUUCAAUUUAGGGGUGGGUCACCAAUGGCCUGCAUGCAAUCUCCCCCUCUUCCCUGAUUUGGGGAGCUGAAGGGGGCCAUUCCUUAUUUGCUAUCAAAAACUUUAUUAGCCACCAGAAACGACAAUCUGUUGCUGAAUUUCAGCGCAAAAUCACUUGGAAACAGUAGGUAAUGUUUAGGACUAAAUAUAUGAAAGGAUUACGGGUUGGGGGGAAAAGUCAACAAAAUUGUUCAAUACUCUGUAUUUAAGGCUUACGCGCUGUUGAACUUCAGCAAUAUUUUGGAGUUGGAAUACUUUGCUUUUAAAAUUCAUAUUCUCAUACCCCAGCAAGACACAAUACAAUAAAUGUGUUAUAUUUUUAAAAAAAUAUAUGUUGCUGGUUUGAAAAAAUUAUCUUCAGUUUAGAAAAAUUAUAUUGGACAGUGGUGGAGGCCAAGAUAUGCAAGCAUGGACAGCCUUGUCUCCUAAGAUUUUUAAUUUCAUGCCCUUCUUUUGGUUCUCUUGAAAAUGCCAUGUCCUUUUAAACAUCCGUCAAGCCUCCUCCCACCUUCUCUUUUUACACCUUGCCCAGUUUUUCCUGCCCGCCAUCACUUUUUUAACUCAGUAUGGCAUGCGAGAUUGAAUGCAGCUGUCGUGAUCACCAAAAUUUUGCCCUCCCUUAUUCUGUUCUUCUUAACGCUUUGUUAUAAACAGUGAAAUAAGCCUCUGAUUUAACUCCAUGAACCCAAGGCACCAAGCACUUUGCUGUAAAAUCUAAAUAAGAGAGGAAAAUUCUCUACCUGUGUUUGCAACCUCUAACUAACCAAGUCACUCACUGUUUGACCUUGAGUAUAUCAAUAACAAAUCUUUACGUCUUGCUGAGAAUUGCCUGCAUUAUUUUACAACUGCCCUCUGCUUGCUUCUUUAGCAAAUAUACACAACUGGACGUGGGAAGUGAUUUGGUUGUUUUGGGUAACUUGGUUUGUUCUUGCUCACAAAGGGCACACCUGUUAAUUUGAUUGUACAGAUAUCAAAGAAAAUUCUGAAAAAAGAGCAGAUUAGGUGGUUUAGAUGGCUCCACUAUGAUUAAG